CCGGUUUCAAGAAUUGCAGCGCAUGACCCGCCUCCCCUGGCAUGUACUCGGGGCUUAACACGCUGACUGAACCAUGAAGAAUCACAGAACCUAUUACAUACGCUUACGUCUGGUCAUCGUUACGCUGCUGGUGCUCCUUUGGGUUAUUCUCCUUAGCUGGCUAAAUAGAAAGUGUGCUAAAAACUUUAGCAUCGUUGAGGUCGGCUCCCGCGCACGAAGUAGGAAUAUAGAAAGACACAUACCAGACAACCAUGAAAGUCCAGAAGCUGAAGACUACAUUCUUCACCCACCAAAUUUAUGCAAAACAGGAAAUUCCCCGAUGCAUCUUGACUACUUGGUCUUGAUCUACUCUGCUCCUAAGCACUUCGACCAAAGGAAUGCCAUUCGUGAAACUUGGGCCUCUGAACUGAAGAUGCAUCCAAAUAUACGUACAGCUUUUCUCCUGGGGAGGACAGAAGACGACAAAGUUCAGCGCGCCAUUCAGAGUGAGUCAUAUGUGCAUGCGGAUAUUAUACAGGGGACAUAUGUUGACCACUAUCAAAAUCUAACACUAAAGGCGAAAAUGAUGAUGACAUGGAUCUUGCAAUUCUGCCCGCAAGUAAAUUUUGUUUUCAAGUCUGACGACGAUACGUUCGUAAACGUUGGGAACAUCCUGAAAGUGAUGAAAAACAAGAGUGAAGACGCCAUUUAUGGAGAGUUAAACACAAGUGAACAACCCAUAAGAAAUUCGUCCUCCAAGUGGUACGUGUCCAAGAAAGAUUACAGGGGAACCAAAUAUCCGCCCUUUGUAGCUGGACCCUUCUAUGUGCUGGGCGGAAGAAUUCUGCGUCGUCUCUACAGUGCGUUGGAACAAGUGCCAUUCAUAUCUUUAGAAGACGUAUUUCUCACUGGCUUUGUCGCAGAAAAAGCAGGAGUGGACCGCAUUAACGAAAAAACGAUUAGAGGCAACAAAAAAAUUUCAGUGUGCGACGUUUCAAAAAAAUCAACUUCUCAUUAUAUCACUCCAAAAAUAAUGCGACUAUUUUGGUAUCAGAUACACUAUUCUCUAAUAAAAUGUUAA